CCGGGCCCCCGUACUUCGGGGCUACGGGAGCACGCAGAGGCCACAACGCCCGGCAAGCGCUUCCGCUUUCUGAUCUUUGCUCGUGGUGAGGCGAAACCACGAGAAGCGAUGGAACUAGAUCGCGGUAGACAGCAGCUACGGGUAGAGUGCGGGAAAUAAAAAGGAUAGCGUUGGGAGGUGGUGGGACCUAGCGAGGGGGCGGGGGCUGCAGGCGUGGAGCACGGGCGGGUUCGCGCGGAACGGAACUUCGGGAGAUACCAUCUUCGGAGGGGAGUCGAGGGCGAUACCACCUUGGGGGGGGUUGGCAAAGCAGAUUUGGGAGGUACCACUUGGCCGGUACCAGGGCUGUGGGAACCCAGAGGGUCUGGAGCGCCGCCCACCGCCCCACUUCCUUUCCUUAGUCCUUUCCGGCCAUGAGCGGCCUAGUACGGACCGAGCCGCUGCGCGGGGAGGCUCCUCUGCUGCUGCCGGGCGACCCCUACUCGGUGGUGGUUCUGCUGCAGGGCUACGCGGAGCCUGAGGGGAUCGGCGACGCUGUGCGUGCCGACGGCUCCGUGACGCUUGUCCUGCCCCGAGCCUGGGUCCGGACCCCCAGCUCGCGAGAACCGCCUCCCUGGGGUGGAGAGGGGAAGACCGCCCUGGAGGAGGCGGCCCGUGGCCCCAUCCUCGUGGACACCGGGGGCCCCUGGGCCCGGGAAGCACUCCUGGGGGCCCUGGCGGCGCAGGGCCUGGCCCCGGGAGACGUGACUCUGGUGGUGGGGACCCACGGACACUCGGAUCAUAUCGGCAACCUGGGGCUGUUCCCUGCGGCGGCUCUGUUGGUGUCGCACGAUUUCUGUCUUCCCGGAGGGCUCUACCUUCCUCUUGGUUUAGGAGAGGAGCAGCCGCUGAAGCUGGGGCCGGGCCUGGAGGUGUGGGCCACACCAGGCCACGGGGGCCAGCGGGAUGUGAGCGUGGUGGUGCCCGGCACAGCUCUGGGCACCGUGGUGGUGGUGGGCGAUGUCUUUGAAAGUGAUGGGGACGAGGACUCGUGGCAGGCACUGAGUGAAGACCCAGUGGCCCAAGAGAGAAGCCGAAAGAAGAUCCUAGGCACUGCUGAUGUGGUGGUGCCCGGACAUGGAGCUCCCUUUAGGCUGGUUCGGGAAGCGUCGCAGCCUGAGUCUCUGGGAAACAGACAGUUGGAUUCUGUAGUGGGUGAAAAGGAGCCCACGGUGCACCCAUAAGCCCUGGGAAGAGCUGGACUGUUGCCAAGGAUGAUCCUCUGCAAAGAUCUUUGCCUUCCAGAACUCUUCUCCAGCAUGAGAGGACUCGAAAGUGGUCACUUACAGCAUUUUCAAAGAGCCCAGAUUUCAGAGAGGACAGUCCUCUUUCAGUAGACACCAGUAUCACUGUUUCGGCCAAACUCUGACCAACCCCUUGGCCAGCUGUGUGCUGCUUCUACAGUUCAAAACUUCUUCAUUCGAAGCUUCUUCAUUCGAAACAGGGAGGGUCUCCAAAAUAAAACUAGAAAGCUACUAAAAUCUUACUGCCCUGAUGUGAAUGUUAAACAUUAUUAGUGAUCAUGCUAAUGAUCACUCCAAGGUGACCAUUGCCUGUUUCUCAGAGUGCAGGUCGCCAAGCGAAGGUGCAGGACAUAGAAACAGCACCUUAGCUGACAUUCACUCAUUCAAUGAAUAAUUAACACCUGCAAUAUCUCAGCACUGCUCUAGGUCACAGAAAUUCAAGACUGAGCAAGCUAGACAAACUUCAGCUCUCAGAUUACAUCCUACUAAGGAGAUAGACAAAGGGAAUUGGAACAGAUGGUGUUUCUCUCUGGUCCUUAAUGGCCUUCAGCUCCUGCUGGCUUCUGAGUCCUGUGUGUCUGGCCAGGGUUGCCAGAAGCCAUGAUCCUUGUGUGCUGCAUACUCCAGGGAGGUCAUUCAGUCUCACUCCUUAGGCCUUUAAGGUGGAGUAUAGGGUCACCUCCUGAGGGCUCCAGUUGGGAGGUGUUGCUGGUGAGGUUGAACCAGACAGG